AGUGAUGAGCGGGCAUAUUUCAUUUUGUGCUUACCAAAGCGCUCAUCCUCUGUGCUCGGCAGCGGACAAAGACUGUGGGGACUGCCCAGGCUCUGAGCUGUUGCUAGCCUAGGGUCAGGUCAACUUGGACACUCCUAUGUGUGCUCCCAGAAGGCAAGGACAUUCAGACAGAAAGACAUGGCCUACAAACAGACACCAGUGCUGCUUUUGGUCUGCAUAGCCACCACAUGCAGUGCCCGGGACAGAGCAGACCUGCUCAACACCUGCAUGGAUGCCAAGCACCACAAGACAAGGCCAGGCCCGGAAGACAAGCUGCAUGACCAGUGUAGUCCAUGGAAGGAAAACGCCUGCUGCUCAGUCAACACCAGCCAGGAGAUACACAAAGACAACUCCCGUCUGUACAGCUUCAACUGGGAUCAUUGUGGCAAGAUGUCCCCUGCCUGCAAGCGGUACUUCAUCCAAGAUACCUGUCUGUAUGAGUGCUCCCCCAACCUGGGGCCUUGGAUUCAGCAGGUGGACCAGAGCUGGCGUAAAGAGCGUUUCCUGGAUGUUCCCUUGUGCAAAGAGGACUGUCAGGAGUGGUGGGAAGCCUGUCGCACCUCAUUUACGUGCAAGACAGACUGGCAUAAAGGCUGGGACUGGACCUCAGGCGUUAACAAGUGCCCAGCCUCUGCAGCUUGCCGCAUCUUUCAGCACUACUUCCCCACACCAGCCAGCCUGUGUGAAGGUCUCUGGAGCCACUCCUACAAACUCAGCAACUACAGCCGAGGGAGCGGCCGCUGCAUCCAGAUGUGGUUCGACCCAGCCCAGGGCAACCCUAACGAGGAGGUGGCGGCAUUCUAUGCUUCCCUUGUGUCAGCUGGGGCUGUUCCCCAGUCAGUGGUGCCUCUUGUGCCCAGCCUGGCCCCAGUGCUGUCAUUCUGGCUCCUUGGCUGAGGUCAGUCUUCUCUAUUAAGAAAGAGGAAGUCCUAAGCCCGCUUCCAUCUCACUCCUCUGCCUCCAGUUCCUGCUCCACAAUGGGGCUCGGGCUUCCUACAACAGUCAUUUCUAAUAAA